CAACGUCUCUCUUCUCGUCAAGCUUCUCGCCCGAAGACCCGCGACUUUCUCUCCCUCAUCAAGAAGAAGAAGAAGAAGCAGCAGCUGUGAGUCACCCAGUUCCUAUCCCCUUUUACUGUAUCCAUCUUCAAUUGCGUCAUAGUUGAUUGGCUCUUUCUCUCUCCGCGCCAAUAGCUACUGACUCUUUUAUUUUUUCCUUUUUUCCCCCGUUCCGAUAGCUGAUAUCGCAAACCCUCAACCGCAGCAUCCCUACAAAGACCAUGUCCUCAACCACCAUCUUCCGCGCCUCGCGCCCCCUCUUCCGACAGACCACCACCACCUUUGGCGGUGCGCCCGCCCGACAGGCCUUUCGCCAGAACUUCCGCCAGAACUUUAACCAGGGCAGCGGUCGCCGGUGGCAGAGCACCGAUGGCGCCCAGCAGCAGCAGCAGUCGUGGUUCAAUCGCAUGUGGGAGAGCGAGGUCGGCUUCAAGACUGUGCACUUCUGGGCCCCCGUCAUGAAGUGGGCUCUCGUCCUCGCCGGCAUCUCCGACUUUGCUCGUCCCGCCGAGAAGCUCUCCUUCACCCAGAACCUUGCCCUGACCUGCACCGGCAUCAUCUGGACUCGUUGGUGCCUCAUCAUCAAGCCCAAGAACUACCUCCUCGCCGCCGUCAACUUCUUCCUCGGAAUGGUCGGCCUCGUCCAGAUCACCCGAAUCGCAAAGUACGAGUCCGACAAGAAGGCUGGCCUCAAGGGCGCCAUUGAGGACAUCAAGGCCGAUGCCAAGGAGACCGUCAAGGAGAUGAAGGGUUAA